GUUAUUUCCUUCCUUCUUUCUCGGUUGGGCAACUUCCGUCCUUGCCUGGAGCGGCGUCUCUCCGCCCGCACGGGCUCAGCCCGGCCUCGGGACAGAAGGUGGGCGAUGGCCGAUGGCGAGGGCGACCCCGGCGUGUUCACGGCCACGGCCCUGCCCGGGGACCCGCGGCUGCUGCCCACGGUGACCAACGCCCUGCUGGGCACCCGCGUGUUCCGGGACAUCCUGCACGCCGCCGGCGUGUACAGCGGCGCCGCGGGGGACACGCACCGCGCCGAUGUCCCCAGCCCGCUGGGGCUGCGCAUGGCAGCGCCCGGAGCCGCCCAGAUCUUCGCCCUGGACACCUGGACAGGGACCUUCAGCCACACGAUUCAGUGCCCUGGCUACACGGCCACCCAGCAGCUGUACGCCCACCACUCCCUGGUGCACCUGAUGGCCUCCAGUGUCACCAUCCGGCGCUUGGAUGGCUCCACACAUCCCGUCACCGUCCAGCUCCAGAGCCUGUUCGUGCCACAGAGCCAGGACCUGCACCUGAGCUCAGGCCCAGACUUCCAGGGAGCGCACUACAUCUACGGGCAGACGCUGGUUCCGGAGGUGGAGGGGGGCCCCCGUCCCACCGUGCACAUGCUGUGGACCCCCAUCCCGCAGUGGCUGACGCUGGGCGGGGAGGAGCGGGAGCGCUGCUGGCAGUUCCUGACGGCGGUGGCGGGGAGCGAGGAGGAGGCGAAGCGCAGCUACAGCGAGGGGCUGUCACUGGCGGCCGCGGGCUCCCUGCUCCGCUCCCACAUCCACGCCUGGGCCGCGCUGCGCCGCGGCUGCUCCGUGGAGCUGGACGGGCCCCCGGCCCUGCGCCAGGCGCUCCACGGCUGCCUCUACUACCUGCUGAGCGCCCUCCCGCCCCGGGACAGCCCCGGAGUGCCCUUCCACGGCAUCAGCCCCGGCGGCUUGUCCAACGGCACCCGCGGCGAGGACUACUGGGGACACAUCUUCUGGGACCAGGACACCUGGAUGUUCCCGAAUAUCCUGCUGCUGCAUCCCGGGGCUGCCCGCGCUAUCCUGCACUACCGCAUCCGCACGCUGGAGGGCGCCAGGCAAAACGCGCGGGAGCAGGGCUACGAGGGCGCGAAGUUCCCGUGGGAGAGCGCAGCCACGGGCCGGGAGGUGUGUCCUGAGGAGAUCUACGGAGCGCAGGAAAUCCACAUCAGCGGGGAUGUCCUGAUGGCCUUCGAGCAGUAUUACUGCACCACGCAGGACCUGAAGCUGUUCCAGGAGGACGGGGGCUGGGAGCUGGUGGAAGCCGUGGCUCAGUACUGGUGCAGCAGGAUGGUGUGGAGUGAGGAGGAGCAGCUCUACCACAUCAGAGGUGUCAUGCCCCCAGACGAGUACCACAGCCAGGUGGACAACUCUGCUUACACCAACGCCGUGGCCCGGCACAGCUUAAAUUUUGCCGCUGACUUGGCUCGGGACCUGCUGCUCCCGGUGCCAGAAGAGUGGGAGGACCGUGCCAGGAAAAUCAAAGUGCCCUUUGAUGAGGAGAGGAAAUACCACCCUGAGUACGAUGGCUACAGCCCAGGUGAGCCGGUGAAGCAGGCAGAUGUGGUCCUGCUGGGGUUCCCACUGAUGCACCCCAUGAGUGCCGAGGUGCGGAGGAACGACCUGGAGAUGUACGAGCCCGUCACGGACCCGGCCGGGCCGGCCAUGACCUGGAGCAUGUUUGCCCUGGGCUGGCUGGAGCUGAAGGAGCCGCAGAGAGCCUGGAGCCAGCUGGAAAAGUGCUUCAGCAACAUCACAGAGCCUUUCAAGGUCUGGGUGGAGAACGCCGAUGGGUCGGGAGCUGUGAACUUCCUGACGGGGAUGGGUGGAUUCCUGCAGGUCGUCCUCUUCGGCUUCACAGGGUUCAGGAUCACCAGGUCCAGCCUCCUCUUCGAUCCUGUGUUUCCCGAUGGUAUCACCAAGCUGCAACUCUCCAGCAUCUCCUACUUGGGCAACAGGCUGGAGGUCACCAUCACCAGGGAGGAGAUCAGGAUGGCAGUGACCGAGGCCUCCUGGGACCCUCCAGCCCCUCCCCUGGAAGUUGUGCUGGAGUCAGGACAGCGCUUUCCCCUGUGGGAGGGGCAGGGUGUCUCCUUCCCCACAGCGCCUGGAUGGAUCCAGAGGUCUCCCAGCAGCACCCCCUGAGCCCUGCCUGAUCCGGGAGCUGCCCUCUGGAGCAGCGGAUCCGGGAUGUUGGUGCAGGGGGAAAGUAACAGGGAGUGGAAAGGGGGUGCCAGGCUGUGCCAGGGGCCCUUUGUCCCCCCAGGGCUGUGUGUGCCACCUGGCCUUGUGUGCCACCUGGCCCUGUGUACCACCUGUCCCUGUGUGCCACCUCCUCCUGUGUCCCACCUGUCCCUGUGUGCCACCUGGCCUUGUGUGCCACCUGUCCCUGUGUGCCACCUGUCCCUGUGUCCCACCUGUCCCUGUGUGCCACCUGCCCUUGUGUCCCACCUGGCCCUGUGUGCCACCUGUCCCUGUGUGCCACCUGUCCUUGUGGCCCCAGGGGUCAGGGGCUGGAGCUGUCACCACGUCUGAACCCCCCACUCCCCUCCACACACCUCUUACUCGGCUCAGGAGAGGAAACCAAGCCUGAAAAUGUCCCUUUCAAAGGUGUUUGCUGAACACCCAGGAGCUGUCUAUGCUCUCAGCAUGUUUGUGUUUGUAAGGAAGCCCAUUCCUGACUCCAGGAUCCUGGCUCCAGCUCCUCCAGCUGCUCCUGCCUUGCUCCUUGCCUUCCCCAUGUGCUGCUCCGUGGGCUCAAAGGGCUGUGGAGGCUCAGCCAGUGCUGUUGCACCAGAUGAACGAUGUUUUGGCUCUAAGUACUACUCCAAAAUAUGCAGCAGAAAGCCUUUUAACCCCGUGUGGGCAGCACACAGCUGCACUCCUGUUAUUUGGUGUGUAACAUCCCUCACAUGCUUUUAAACCCUUAUCUACACUA